AAUUGAUUGAAAUUUGGAGCAAACUUAACAUUGAAAUUUUACAAAGACCGAGUGUUAUUAAAAAAUUGAAUACUUUGCUUGACAAAUAUAAAACGGAAGAAAAACACAAAACAAGCACAACAUUCGCAGCGUUCGUACAAUCCAUAAAUGAAAUAUUUUAUGUUGGAAAAUGUCAAUGCGACUUGAAAGCAUCUCUAUGCUCAUGUGGAUUGAUUCCCGAAAGCUUGAAAGAGUUCAUGAAGGAUCAACAUAAUGAAAGAAAAUCUACGAUUCCAGAAUACGUGGCAGAAAAUGAAGAGCAAGCACCAACGUCUACAAUAAUACAAACAGCUACCGACAGCCAGGACGAAACAUACGUUCCAGACGGAAGUAUGGAUAUCGAUGAUGAACCAUCAGAACAUGCAACGAAACGAGGACCAUACACACCAAGAUACGAUGUGCCCAGCUUUGCUGCGAUGUGCGACCGAUUUGGUGUAUCUGAUCGAAUCGCAUCGGCAUUGGGAACCUCAUUAAUGAAAGACAUUGGCGUAAAAGACGACAAAGGAAAUUUGGUGAUUAUGGACAAGUCUAAGGUUAGACGCGAAAAGUCCAAAUCACGACAAGAAGUAAUGCGCAAAAGAUAUGAUGCGUCAAAUAUGAUUUCUUUUUCGUUUGACGGCCGAAAAAACGAUUCGCUGACAAUGGAAAAAAUCGACAGCAAAUUUCAUCCAAGAAUGGUUAAAGAACCACAUCUAGUUGUUUUGAAGGAACCAAAUUCACAGUUGCUGGGCUACACAAAAGUAGACAAUGAAAAUGCGGAGCACAAAGUCAUCAAAUUAAAUGAAUUUUUCGUCAAUAAAGAAGUUUCUUUGGAUUCAUUGAUUGGCAUUUGCUGUGAUGGAGAGCCGACAAAUACUGGUAUAAAAAAUGGUAUUUUGCGACGCUUCGAAAUGCAGUUAAACCGACCACUGCAUUGGUUUGUGUGUCUUUUACACUUCAACGAGCUUCCGUUACGACAUUUGUUCGAAACUUUGGAGAAAUCAUCCACCACUGGACCACGAUCAACAACCGGAACGUUGAGCAAACAAAUCGAAACGUGUGAAAAACUUCCA